GAUUGCAAGAGGAAGAAGUACAUUGACAGAGCAUUGACCUGUCUCUGCUCUCUACGUGCAAUAAAAGCUCAUAUCGCACUACUUCACGUUAGAUUUUAGAUUGACAGAGUGCAAAUGAGCCACACGCUUAAGGACAUUAGCUGAUACACACUGAUACCGAAAUGGCGGACAGUGAAAUGGACUACAAUAUCGUGUUUCCAGAUGCAGGGACGUCGGAGAGGCAUUGGCAGGGGACAAAGGAGCCAGUGGUGAUCCUGCUGGGGUGGGCUGGCUGCAAAGACAAACACCUGUCCAAAUACAGCUCCAUUUACAACGAACAGGGAUGCGUGACUAUCCGCUACACAGCUCCCCUAAAGACCGUCUUCAUUUCCGAAUCCUUUGGGUACAAGGAGCUGAGCAGUAUUGCCCUGAAGCUACUGGAAAUUCUCUUCGACUAUGAAGUGGAGAGCAGUCCUAUUUUCUUUCACGUUUUCAGUAAUGGCGGUUUCAUGUUGUACCGGUAUAUUGUCGAGUUCUUGCACACCGACCAACAGUUUAGCUCCUUGAAUGUAAUCGGGGCCGUGGUGGACAGUGCUCCUGGUAGCGGUAAUGUGCGAGGGGCCCUGCGUGCUCUCACAGCCACGCUUGGACCUCAAAUCAGCCCUGUCCUCAGGUACAUCCUCCUGGCACUUUUUGCCGUGACUGUUUUUAUGUUACGAAUUGUGUUGUACCCCUUGACCAAGUAUAUACACAAGAAUCACUAUGACGCAGUAAGGGAUAAUCCACCUGCAUGGCCUCACUACUACCUGUACUCCAAAGCGGACCAAGUCAUAAGACACAAGGACGUUGAGGAUUUUGUGGAAAGCAUCAGACGAAAAGGCGUCCCGGCAGAGUAUUUUGAUUUUGGUUCCAGCUCGCAUGUCAGUCAUUUUCUGGAUUUUCCGGAAGAGUAUGCAGCCAAGUGUCGUAGCUUUCUGGUGACUUGUAUGAAGGAUUUGGAAGGGACGGAGCUUAAGAAGAGACGUCAUGUACAAAGUCAGUGAUGAUUUCAACUCAGCAAGAGCAGUUUGUCUUAACCCACAAUGGACCACAAAACUAAUCUUUCAAUCCCAAUAAAUGCAAAAAAGUUGUGACAAUGUGUAAAAUGGUCAAUUAAUAAUAAAUAAUAUAUAAUGAAAAAAAAGUUAAACUAAAACAUCUUACAUUUCACAUAAAUGCAGUACCCUUUUUGCACUGGCCCUUUCUGAUUUUAUUUGCAGCAGCUUAUAGUUAGCUGUCUUCCAAUAGGUGUUAAAGCUUUUAGCUUAUUUGUUACAUUAUUUCUACCAAGGAGGUAGACCAUCCACUGAAACAUGAAAGGUAAAUACACCUAUUUUGUCUAAUUAAACCAAAAAAUUAGCAAAUAGUCAAAAAAAAACUUAAACACAUUUUAAAAAGUCAGUGGAGUCAAAUAUUAAUCUUGUAUGCACAGGAUUCUUCCGUUAUUACCUCAAACUGCAACAGUGCAUUUGGACAUUGCUUGAUGCUUAUAAGGAUCACUUUAUGAGUCAGAACAGACUCUUCCCGUAUCCCCCACAUACUGUGGAUGUUUUGCUCCACAUUUUACACAGUGUCACAUUUUGCAUUGGGGUUGUGACUACCGUUCUGAUGCACUUAACUUGAUCCUUAAGGCUCUGGUUAAAACACUGUUUGUGCCACUGUAUUUGGCAGUAAAGGCCUUACCCUGUCCACUCUCACUACUCCUGAAAGGAAUGUCGUAACCACAAAACUUAUACACUGGAUUAGACUGAGUUAUUUAGACUAAUACAUUGUAUUAAAUAUUGCUGUGAAAGGUGAUGCAUUGUAGAUUAGUAACUAGUUAACUUAAAGGUUAUUAGAAAAGCAUUAAUGUUCUCUAUUUAUUAAAAUAUGUUUAUCCUUUUUUCCAUAUUGUAAGGGCUGCUUGCAUUAAGGAAUAGAACUUAUCUUUCUUUGGAAAUGUAAAGAAAAUGCCCCCUUGUUUGAGUAAUUUAAGGACUAAGAUGUACGUUGAUAUAUUGUGUUUAUUCAACUGAUGUGCCUUCAAUAAAUCUGACUUGCUCAA